UCUGGCUAGAACCCUAGAGAGAGAGAGAGAUAGAACCAUGAGACGAACUCUGCUGAGAAGUGCCUCUCUCUACACUCGGAAUCUCCUUCUUCACUCUUCUUCCGCCACCGCCUACGCCGCCACCACCACCACCUCUCUCGGGGUUUCAACACGCUCCCGACUCAGGCUCUUCUCCUCCGAUGAAAACCAGAAUCCGAUCGAGGACGUCGAUAACAAAGAGCUUAAACUUCGGAUUAGGAAAUACUUCGACGAGGGUGAUGAGAGUGUACUUCCAUCCAUCAUGGAGGGCAUUUUGCAGAGGAAGUUAUCUGGGAAGCAUGAGGAGACGGAUGAUGAGUUGAUGGAUGAACUCAGCAAGGAGCCCAUUGAUGAUGUUGAAGAUGAGGAGUUCGAAUCCGAUUUCGAGGAUAUGCAUGAUACUGAUGAGGAGAUUGAUGAUUUAUAUAAUGCUAGGGAUAUUGUCAUGAAGAAAAUGAUGAAAGAUGAGUACUUCAACAUGGAUGAUCGCAAGUGGGAUGAACUUGUUGAGGAUGGGGUCAAGCAUGGUUUUCUUAAGGAUACAAAAGAGUGUGAGGAGAUUCUAGAGGAUAUGCUCAGCUGGGACAAACUCCUCCCGGAUGAGAUAAAACAAAAGGUGGAAAUAAAAUUUAAUGAGCUUGGGGACAUGUGUGAAAGAGGGGAGCUUGAACCUGAAGAAGCUUAUGAACAAUUCAAGAAGUUUGAGGACGAGAUGGUCAUGGAAACCGCGAAGAUAAUGGAAAAAGAGGAGGUCCCAAAGUUUGAUGAUACUGCUGUGCCAGACAAGAAAAAGGAUUUAGAUGACCCACCUGGUGAAGGUCCAAUUCUCCGGUGGCAAACUCGAGUAGUCUUUGCUCCUGGUGGCGAUGCUUGGCAUCCAAAAAACAGGAAAGUGAAACUUUCUGUUACUGUGAAGGAGCUGGGACUUUCAAAAUACCAAUUUCGCCGUCUCAGGGAAUUGGUUGGAAAACGUUAUCAUCCAGGGAGAGAUGAGCUUACAAUAACUAGUGAAAGGUUUGAACAUCGAGAAGAAAACAAAAAGGACUGCUUAAGGACUCUUCUCUCCCUCAUUGAGGAGGCUGGUAAAGCUAAUAAACUAGUAGAUGAUGCCCGGGCUUCAUAUGUCAAGGAGAGACUCCGAGCUAAUCCAGCUUUCAUGGAGAGACUGCGUGCCAAGUCCAUGAAAUUGCUAGAAUCUAACCAGGUUCCUGCUUGAUGUUUUCUGGUCCGAUAAUGGAGUAUACAUUAUAACUGUACCUCGUUUUGGUAUUAGCUAUAGUUUCGAAGAUGACAUGAAAGGUUGGGAAUUGGGAUUUUCUUUCAAUGAAUUUGGAUUCUAGCAUUGUAAUGCUUAUAAUCCGGCUCCCUCCUUGAUUUCGAAUCACUUUAUAUGGUAUCAGAGCUUCAGUGAUUAUAAGGUUACAAGUUUGAUUCUUAUCGCCCCUACUUUUUUGUAGCAUUAAAUAAGUAAGGUUAAAAAAAAAUUGAUCUGUGUAAUAUUCACGCUUUAAACUCAAAGGGAUUUUGUGUAAGGGAGUGUAUUAGAGAAUAA